UUGCUGUGUAAAGUAAGUCAGGCAAGUUUUAAGGAACAUGGGCCACAGCCACAGUCCUACCUGCUACCUGCAUCGUCACACAUUCACAAUUCCUUAGACUUAGUCAUAAAUAAACCAAAGCAAAGCAAAACAGAACAACACACACAAUUUCUGUUUUCCAAAAACUUGCCCAAAAACUCCAAAUUUCCCAAGCCAGCCAUGCUAGAGACGGAGCAAGCAAGACCAUUAGCCCCAUCAAUAGAGCGCCAAAGCAGCGAUGAGGAUAACACCACUCCACACCCUCAAACACAAGGCCACAAAAAACUCAUCAAACGUUGUGCUUGCCCAUUAAUCUCUUUACUUCUCAUAGCAAUAGUGAUCAUAGUUUUAAUCUUCACAGUAUUUCGUGUCAAGGACCCCGUGAUCACAAUGAACAGCAUCAAGAUCACAAAGCUCCAACUUGUCAACACCAUGUCACAACAACCCGGGGCCAACAUGUCCUUAGUCGCUGACGUGUCGGUGAAGAACCCUAACGUUGCAUCCUUUAGGUAUAGCAACACCACCACGAGUUUGUACUACCAUGGUGUCAUUGUGGGGGAGGCUAGAGGACCACCUGGGAGGGCCAAGGCCAGAAGAACAUUGAGGAUGAAUGUCACAAUUGAUGUCAUCACCGCUCGCGUCAUUUCUAGCCCGGAUUUUGUGACGGAUUUAGGUUCCGGGUUGUUGACUAUGAGCAGCUUCUCUAGAGUUCCUGGGCAGGUCAAGAUCUUGAACUUGAUUAAGAGACAUGUUGUUGUGAAAAUGAAUUGCACCACCACUUUUAAUAUUUCCACACAGGCGAUUAAGGAGCAAAGUUGUAAGCGGAAGGUUAAACUUUAGUGAUCAUGUGUUGGGUUUCGUUUUUAAUUUCUUUCCCCCACUUGUAUCAUCAUCCAUCGGAAAUACUAUAUUAGAUUAUUGGUGUACUAUAUUAGUUUAGUUUCCUUGAAUAUAUUUGCAAAAUUAUUGUACCAAAAAUAAUGAGAUUUUUCCUUUGUUUGUCUGUUGUUCA